AUGGAGGCCGACUGGGAUGAGCUGUCGCGUAUCCCGGUGCCACCACCGACGGCGCAUGGCCUACCGACUGUGGCCACGGCGAUUGCAUUUGAUGAUAUGAUGGAACUUCUUUGGACAGGCAAUGAAUAUGGCAGGUUAUCUUCAUUUUACGGACCAGAGCUACAGCGCUAUACCUCUGUGCGAGCACAUCCACCAUCAGAGGGCUCAGUACGACAGAUCAUCUUUCACGAGCGAGGCGUGAUUUCGUUGUCUUCCAAGAGUGUACACAUGAUAUCGCGGAGAGGGUUGACGCAGUGGCAUCUUACGCAUGAUGAAAUGGUCGAUCUACGCUGUAUGAGCUUUACAGCCCAGACAAAUCGAAUCAUAGUCGCAGGAUGCCAACGAGUCAUGUUCACGGUGGACAUCGACAAAGGUACGAUUGUCGACAAGCUGCCGACAGAGUACAAUUACACAAUGAUGAAGAAGAGUCGGUAUCUCUGCGCCGCAACAGACACGGGCUCAGUCAACGCACUUAGCCUGGGAGACUUUAGUGUUGUCAAAUCAUGGAAAGCCCACGGAACAGCUGUAAACGACAUGGAUGCGCGAAACGAUUUGCUCGUCACCUGCGGCUUUUCUGCCCGCCACCUUGGGGCACCAAUCGUGGACCCGCUAGCCAAUGUGUAUGAUUUGAAGACUCUGACCCCAUUACCUCCGAUUCCAUUCCAUGCAGGGGCAGCAUAUGUACGCAUGCACCCCAAACUUCACACGACGAGUUUCGUGGCGUCACAAACAGGCCAGCUUCAAGUCAUAGACCUGAUGAACCCCAACUCUGUGAACCUGAGGCAAGCAAAUGUCACAUUGAUGCUCGGUAUUGACUUAUCACCUUCGGGAGAAGCCUUGGCCAUUAACGAUGCCGAAGCCUCCAUACAUCUGUGGGGCUCGCCAGCGAAGGUUCAUUUCAAUGAAAUGAGCAAAGAGGCGGAGUUUGCAGAUGUCCCCACACGACCUGCCCAGGUAGAUUGGUCACCUGAAACCCCACUGAGCAUGGCUGGCAUGCCAUACUACCACGAACGUCUUUAUUCAGCAUGGCCAAGCCACUUGGUCUUCGAAGUUGGCGAUCCGCCUGCUCCGUUAGAUCAAUCUCUCUUGCCAUAUCUACGUCCUGCAGAAAUGGGCCAUCACGCUCCGAACCCACGCAAGACUCGUCGGUACCAAGCGGAAAACACCCGUGCUAUGACCACGGCGGAGCCAGCACUCAUUGCCCCAAAGUUCCUGAGCGAGAAGGCUCGAGAAUACAGCAAAUCGGACGGCUUGGUUGGCGACACUGCAGAAGCACUUGCAGGCGCCAAAAUCAACGGAGAGAGCGACGACGACCCGCUCUUGAAAUAUAGCAACGUUGAAAUCAAAUACAGCCGAUUUGGCGUUGAUGAUUUUGAUUUCCGCUUCUACAACAAGACCUCAUUCUCUGGCCUCGAGACUCACAUUGCUAAUUCCUUCAUCAAUUCCCUCCUUCAACUCCUCAAAUCCAUCCCUUUGUUCCGAAAUCUUGCGCUGAACCAUGCAGCCGGAUCAUGCAUCUUUGAGCACUGUCUUCUUUGUGAACUUGGCUACCUAUUUGAUAUGCUUGAGAAAGCAAGUGGUCAAAAUUGUCAAGCCACGAACCUUCUCAAGACGUUCAGCAGUUUCCGAGAAGCCUCUAAUCUGGGGCUCUUGGAAGAAAACCUCACCAACAAAUCCCUCUCGACUGCUAUUCAGGCCGUCAAUCGUUUCUUCUUGACCCAGAUUGCUCAUGACUUCCGCAUGACCCAACCGAGCUCGGAAGAUCUUGACCAACGCCUUGCCACCAUAGCAUCCGAAUCCAUUCGGUGCAUGUAUUGCCAAAAUGAGAUUGUGCGACCUGGUAAUUCCCUCGCCAAUGAGCUCAUCUAUCCGAACAUCGACAUCAAACAUGCGCGGCGCAACCCCCUCUUCCGAUUCUCCAACAUCCUCCGCGCGAGUAUCGAACGAGAAACACAAAAUCGCGGUUGGUGCAACUACUGCCGUCGCUACCAACAAGUGACGAUUCGCAAAACUAUCCACCGGAUGCCAUUGAUUCUUGUUCUCAACGCCGCGCUCACUAAUCCGUUGUGCCGCCGGUUAUGGGCAGUCCCCGGCUGGCUCCCCGAUGCUGUUGGUAUCAUAGUCGACUCGGGUGGACAGGUGUUAUGCUUCGAAGGCGAUGAGCUGCAGCUCCGAAUCCAAAACCAAACGCCCGGACUCGUGAUCUAUGAUUUAGUGGGUUUGGUUGCGGAGAUUGACAUUCCAGAACACCAAAAGCCGCAUUUGGUUUCUUUCGUCAAUGUCUCUCUUUCUGGACGUGAGGGCCAAACGCAAAGCAAAUGGCACUUGUUCAAUGACUUCUUGGUCACCGAGCUUGAUAGAGAUGAAGCACUUCGGUUUACUCAGCCAUGGAAGCAGCCUUGCGUUCUAGCUUUCCAAGUGAGAGACCCCCGACAUGUUGUCGAUGACUCAUGGAAGAGGCAUCUCGACAAAACUCUGCUGUUCCGCGAGUGGUCCCUGAACGGUGGCCGCCAGGUUGAUUCUUGCCAGAACCUGACUGAGGAAGAACAGCCACAGCCCGGGACCCCGGUUGCCCUCGAUACCGAAUUUGUCGACCUCGAAAAGGCCGAAAUUGACGUCAAGGCUGACGGCUCGCAAGAGAUGGUUCGCCCUAACAAGAGUGGCUUAGCCCGUGUUUCCGUGCUACGGGGAUUAGGUGUUCGAGAGGGAGUUCCUUUCAUUGAUGAUUACAUUACUAUCCGCGAGCCAAUCGUGGACUAUGUAACCCAAUAUUCCGGCAUCAAGCCUGGCGACCUGGAUCCGCGAACCAGCGAACACAAUCUCGUUCCGCUAAAGGCAGCCUACAAGAAAUUAUGGCUACUUCUAAAUCUUGGCUGUGUAUUUGUCGGUCAUGGCUUGGCGUCCGAUUUCCGCAAAAUCAACAUCCAAGUGCCAAAGGCCCAAACUGUGGACACGCAAUAUCUCUUCUUCCAUCCAGGGAAGAACCGCCGCCUGAGUUUAAGGUACCUUGCCUGGGCAGUUUUCAAGGAGUUCAUUCAAGAAGACCCCACACCCGACACACUCCAGGGUCAUGACUCCAUUGAAGAUGCUCGCAUGGCCCUACGUCUCUGGAAAAAAUUCCAGGAAUACGAAGACGCCGGCAUCGUCGCACAGAUGCUCGAAGAGAUCUUCCGCGAAGGUUCGAAACUGGGUUUCCGCCCACCCCCUAAGAAUGGCGGCACAGCUGCAGUCCUUUCCAGACCUGGCACCGCCGUCACUAUGCAGAAUGACAGUGGUCGCAAUACUCCUAGCACCCCCGACACCCGCCCCGUGGUCCCUGUCUCUGCCACCUCAGCGGUACCCAACUCUGGGCCGCCCAGUGCCCCUACUACCCCGCGUCAGGCUUUCCGGCGCUCUAUCGCUCUGACUCCGAGCAAUGGCAGCUUCUCCGGGCCCGGUGCCAGUGACUUCUUUGGGGGGAGUCCCCUUAGAUAG